GGAAUAUACUCGGCUGCAUAAACUGGCAGCAGUAUCGGGUCGGUGAAGAUGCCAACAAAAUCUCGUUCUAGAAACAGGUCCUUGAUGGUCCGUACAUGUACUGGAAACUGUGGGUCUGCAAAAAUGGCUGAAAAGGCAUGCUGGAUAACCCCAAGCAGAGCCUGCUGUGGCACAAGCACAUCCCGAUCACUAGCAUCAUUUACAGUGCGCCUUGUAUUUAAAACUAUGCUGUUUGUGCUGUCGAGUGACAGUAGUCUUGCUUGGAUAGCAAGUAGCUGCGUAUAUUCAGGAUCAGCAGGAAGCUCUUUGACUAUAACAGGCACUUUAAACUUUCGCUGUGGCUGCUUGUGUUUUACCAUUUACUCGUUGUGGUUGUAUAAGAUAAUAUAAAGACUCGAUUUUAAAAUAGGACAAUCUGGAAGAAAACGACCGUUUUAUAAAAAAUGGUUUCAAACUUGGCGAUCGUACAAAUAUGGCUAUGCAAACCAAGGCAAAAGUGCAAGGUCUAAACACAUCAAAUCAAGCUAUAGUUUGAUUAUGUGCUUCAUAUGAUGGUCAGUGUGUUUAAAACUGAUCAAUGGAGCUGUGAAUGUCAUGAUACUUCAAGACUUUUUAACCAGCAUGCAACAUUUCCAAACACGUAUCUUAUUCCAUUCCAAAAAACAACCGUCUGAUUAGACAUGGUAUACCAACCAUUCAACAAACGACACGAGGAUUGGAGUUUCAUAUUGCUCAUUCUUGAACUGUGUAUAAAACGACUCGAGCAUAACAAAGGAUGGGCUCGUGCGUCGAGAAAAGUGUAGUAGUGAAACAAUGAAUAUUUGGUCAUUGUUUAUUCCCAGCCAAAAUAACCAAUUCAAGAUAAAAUACAAGUGUUCCAUUUUACGCGAAUACAACUUUAAACAUGGCAGGAGGUUUAUACGGAGAUAUAGAACUAGGACGGUCGCGGGGAAAUUCGGCUGUCUGCCCACCAUCGUUUAUUAAGCCAAACCUACUCUGCUACGUAUCUGGAAACUGUAUAAAUACAGUGGACAUAACUCGUAUAGACGAGAUAAAUGGGAUUAGCAAUGAAAAAAAUGGACUUUCCAAUGAAUCAGAAAGUGCUGGUGAUGCUCUACAACCUGGCUCUUUAGCGUUCAAGCUUGAAGGUGUUACUCAGCCAAAAACCCAUCCCAAAAUAAUCGUAGCAGACACUCAAAUCACGACUUUUGCAGUCUACCUUCGAGAGGGCAUCAUCGCCUAUGUUGAAAAGGGCUCUACCAUCCCAAAACUCUGUAAAUACGUGCAAGCUGGGGUCAAUGUGUCUAAUAUCUGCACACUUCCAGCUGCUGCCAACGAUCUUUCAAUACAGUCAAUGUGUUUUUCAGCCGAUGGUCAAUACCUUGCUGCUUUGGGAGAUCUGCCUUCCUAUCACGUUACUGUAUGGAGCUGGCGUGAUCGAAAACUACUAGCAAAUGGACCAAAUGAGUGUCCUGCUACACAUAUUUCAUUUGAUCCUCUUGAUUCAAAGAAACUAUGCACGUCAGGAAGUCAAGGAAUAGUAAAAUUUUGGAAGCUGAGUGUUGGUUUCAAGAAAUUUUUACUUCACCCAACAAUUGGCGCAGAGGCUCCUACUUGCUUUCUUAUGGGGGAAGAAGCGCCAUUUGCCACUUCAUACCAGCCAAAGUCGCAAACCAUCAAUGAACCUAAUCAACUACCUCGUGCUACUCCUGCGCGUCAUAUUUGGACACCAGGCCAUACAAUCUACUGUAGUAGUGAAAAUGGAACCGAGAUUUACAAAUACAACACGGAUAAUGGCAGCUGCGAUGUAGUGAUUUCGACCCAAAGCGAAUCGAGUUCCCUUGAAAACACAACACAUACAGAUUCAAUUGAUAAAACUCGGCUACCUAGUGGUAGCUUCAAAUGUAUCGCUAUGAAUAAGCAAGGAUUUAUUGUGGGAGGAGAGAAUGGAUUUAUAUAUAUUCUUGAUGCAAAUGGAAAUACACUUGAAUCCAUAAAUGCAACAAAUGGAAAAUUAAUAUCUGAGCUGAUUCUUUCUCCAGAGUGCAAAACAGCAAUUGUUCAGAGCAAUGACUCGUGUAUCUAUUACGUAGAUUUGUUGACCAAAACCAAAGUUUUGGUUAUGCAAAGUGACACCAAUAGCAUUACUGGAAUAGGUGCAUUUAUACUUUCUAACAAAAGCGUGACCAUCAGCGAUGAUGGUGUGAUGCGAUUCUGGGAUACGGAAAAACUGGUUUUGCUACGACAAUUCUCAACUCAGUCACAUCCUUCGUGUAUUGGCGUAAGCCCAACAUCGUAUCUAAUUGGUGUUGGAUCAUCAACAGGUCAUGUCCGAAUUUAUGAAGCUGACGCUGCUAAUGAUUUCCUCCCAAAACUGGUUUUCAGAAAAAAAAUUCAUAAAAGCGCUGUAAAAAAAAUUCUAUUUGAAAAUGGUGGGCGAUAUAUGAUGUCCGCUGCAGCAGAUGGGCAAAUCUACAUAUACAAUGUAUUUGAAACAUUCAAUGUCAUUGGAUACGUUUCAACUAAUGGAGAAUUUAGUGGUGCUACGUGGCACUAUGAGGAACUGGAAGACAGGCCAGCUUUUUUGCGAUUAUAUGUAUUAGCUUUUGAAAGUUCUAUAAAGUCAACCCUUAUUUACAGGUUUGAAUUUCCAAUUGACCAAAACUUGGUUGAAUCCAAAGAUGAAGGCUGGAAAAUCUCAAAACUGCUUUAUCAGCAAACAAUUUAUAAAACAGUUGGCCAUAUCAUUGAUAUUGCCAUUUUGCCCAGCCAUAUUUCUGCUGGAAAAGAAAUUUUUUACUUGGUAUCCACUGAUAGAAAACUCAAAAUGAUUACUGCUCCAACUAGCGUUUCCACUAGUUCUGAUAAAAUUAUACUAGGAAAUCCAUCUUUUGAGUAUCAAGAUCAUCAGCUCUCACCUGUGCAAUUGAUUCAAUCAAAUACUCGAGAAUGGCUUUUAACAUGGGCACCUGAUGGGCUCAUUACCAUUCGAUCGCUUUUAGAACCUGAGCGCAGUCUCAAAAUAUACGCUCAUGAUCCAUAUCAAAAUGGAGUUCAAACAGCAUCGUUUAGUAGAGACUGUAGAUUUAUUCUCACUGCUGGUGGCGAUGGCAUACUGCGCAAAUUUGACUGGAAAUACAAUAGUGGAGGUCGUCGCGUGGCACUUGCUGCCUCAGAAAACGCUGAAACUCUGGCCGAAGCUCAUCAAGCUCACUCAACAAAUAUUACAAAAAAAGUGUCUACUUUGCUUGAAAAUACACCAGUUCAUGACAAAGAUGACAAUGCUGAAGAAAUAUCUUUGGCCGAAACCCAAGACAUACAAACAAAUGCUGAAGCCAACCAAGUACAACUUGAAAACAGAGCAAAAAGCAUUCGUGAAAAGCUUAUUCGUGUUAUGGAAAAGAAUAGUCAGGCACCACCAAUGGAACAAAUUGAUCAAGAAGAAUUUAUUGUUGAUUUCAAUGAGCGUGAUCGGCUUAUUAACGAAGCUGAUAUACAGAUUAAAAACAUUCGCAAAGAAAUUGAGGAUGAAAAUCUUACCAAGCAAGUUAUUUGCAAUCGCUUAAAGAAAGAGUUUUGGGACUCUAUGGAAACGGUUGGCCAAUGCAUUCAGUCAUUUAGCAGUGAGCCUAUCACCAACUGUCUGACUGAAGUUCCAAACUAUCCGAUUCGAAAAAGAGAAAGCCAUGAGCUUCAGUGGGUUGGCCAGAUCAAGCGAAUUCGCAGAGUUCAAAUGACUGUCAACAAUGCAACUAAGAAAACAAAUCACGAAGAGAAUGAUGCGGAUGAGACUACUCCACAUGCCGAGGAGACUGAAAAUAAACUGCUCAUCAAGGCAUCACGCGAAACUACAGCACUGCUUUACGAUCCAUUUGAACUCAACACCAAAGAACGUCGGAGAAUCCAGAGUGUACUAUUAGGAGAAUGUAUUUUGGAUAUCAAAGCAGAGUUUAAUCGUCGAUUUGAUAUCAUGUUUAAGCAAAAGCAGGAUGAAAUCAUCAAAAUUGAGGAAAAGAAUGAGCGCAUAGCUGAAAUUUUACUGCAGCUUCAACUUGAAGAAACCGUCUUUCAUCCAGAGCUUAGUAACGAUGAGCAACCACAGCGAGUAAUAGAAGUUCAAGACUCCGAGGUCAAGGUUCAAAAGUUUGUAAAUACAGAGGAACAAAAACGUAUAGAGGAAAAGCGUCGUCAGGAUGAGGAGCGCCAAAGUACUAUGGUUCAAAUAACUGCAUUUUUUGAUUUGCUACGAAAUACUUUUAUCAGAGCCGAACAAAACGAAAAAACCGAGCUUAUUAAACCAGAGUGGAUGAACAAGUCUAAAGAGGACAUGACUGAUGAUGAGCGGAAACAGCUCAAGGAAUUUGAAAAAAAAAUGGCAGUUUUCAAGGAGGAACAAGAAAAAUACAAAAAAGCCCUUGAAACCGAACUACGAAAACUCCAGAGCUUGAUUUCAGAAAUUUUAGAGUCUUUUGACACUCAACUACGUGCAUUUUACCGCUUAAAAUUGAAUACUGAUCAAACCAUUUAUCAGCACGAGCUAAGAAUGAUCAAAUUAGUUCAAGCAUCGCUGCAAAGCGAUGAUGAUGAACCAAAGGAAAAGCGAAUUUAUCAGCGACUUGAGCAGCUGAAGCAAGAAAAAGUUACUUGCACUAAUGAAAUUCCUGAAAUCAAAAAGGAACUAGAAAAAUAUCGUGAAGAGUACGAGUCCGCUUUAAAACGAGACAAGGACAUUGAACGCUUGUUUAAAAAAGAACUGCAUGGGCAUGAUUUCUAUAACGAUGCUCUUAUGCGACUAUUCAAGCGCAGAAACUGGACUGCUUCAGAAAAUGACGAUACUACAAAACAACUAGAUGAAAAUCUAAAUCUGUUUACUGAAUACGAGCGUGAAUCAGGACUGAUUGAUUUGGAUGUACCUCCAUUGAAUCAAGAAGUUGACAUGCCCGACGGAUUGAGCAAUGAAAUGUGGCUUAAAUUGGUGGAAUUUCGUGACAACAAAAUUGCCGUUGAAAAAGAUGUUUACAUGAGUGGACGAAAAUUCAAUGAAAUGCAGACUCUGGUUGAAGUGGUUCAAGCUCCAGUGCUCACUGACUAUUCCGAUGCAAUUUUGAUCCACCGAAACGUCGUUGAAAAACUAAACGACGCGAUUGUUACUCUUGGCAAAGUAAAAGUGGAGGCAUUAAAAGAAAUGAAAGACUAUCGCAAGGGAAUUCAUGCUUUAGAAUGGGAAAACAAACUGUCUGAUCUACAAGCAGAGGAUCUCAUUAUUCGAACUCGAGAUAUUCAGUUAUUAAGAGUUACCAAACAGAUGCAGGAAUACAUUCGGAGUGGAGACGAGCAUAAGCAAAUUUCUGAGAUUCUGGCUUUGGAAAAACGUGCUGAAUAUAGUCAAAAGGCACACCUUCAUAAAAUUGAUGAAAAGGUCAAGGUUGCAAACAAACUUGAUCAAAAACUAUGUGCCAAAGUAAAUGAAAACGCAUCUAUGAAAUCACUGCUUCAAGAACUUGAGGAUUCUGUAAAUGAAUGCCAAAGCAUCUAUGAAGUCAAGCUUCAAAAAAUGAACCAUUCCAGCAAACCAAACCCACUUCGAGAAAUCUAUACAAGGCGUCGUCUGGUUGAUUUGGCCAAAUCUCAAGCGCAAGAUAUUACAAUUCUUCGCGAAGAGGUUGAGCGUUUGCGUUUGCGUACAUAUCCUGCCUUUCAAUCUUGAUCUAGUCUGUUGAUCAGUAUGCAUUACGGGAUGUUCUUGUAUCAACUGCUUGUUUGUUCUUACGGACUGUUGGACAAAUUUCUGACGCUUUAUUUGAACAUACUUUGAAACUAAAAACUAGUAGUUAAUCAGGAGUGGUUCAAACAAUAAAACGUAGAUUAAAAAAGCUUU